AAUCAACAAAUAACCUUGAACAACACUUUGUAAUAAUCUGGUCUUUUGAGGUAUUAUUAUGAAAUUCGUCAGGUAAACGGUAAUCUUGUGCCAAGUCUUUUACUCGGAUGACGCACGCAUGGGAACAUAAUACAGUUUAUUGUGUCAUGAAGCUUCGGUACACACGUGCCUGGAGAGUCGUGGAUGAGCUUCAGCAUGUGGAUGAGCUUCUGUCUUGUCCUGCAAUGGCUUCAAACUGAAUGCAAUGACAGAGACACGUGGCUCUUCGUCGGAUAAUAUUGGCAGCCGAACGUCCCCUGUUUUGCGCAUCUGCACUCCGAGGGGAAGUUGGGGGAACACGUACGGUAUUGGAAGGCCCGUACAAGCUUCUAUCAUCUUUCCUAGAAUACUGAAGAAUAGGAGGACGACAAAAUUCCCGGAUCUUACUGCGAUGUGUUUAGCUCGAAACUUAAUUCUGCAUGCAUAUUUAGACAAAUCACAACACUACACAGAUUCUAUUUGACAUUGAACUGCCAAAGUGGGAACGCACUGGAACGUCGGCCUGUCUUUCGAAUGAACUCACGGCUGCCAUCAGCUGUUCAGGGUAAGUUGGGGCAUCCAUCCCGUUUACAAAAGAUCAGAAUGUCCAACUGGAGAAAAGGACGAAAUGUACUUUUAGCACACCAGAAGGUUCAGCGGAAGCGACCUCAGCGCCAGCAGCAAUGGAGUGUGCCGUGCUCCUGCGACCGACCUUCAGGUCCUCACAUGCAUGAAGCACGAUACUGUGUUCCGUCCGCAAAUACGUGAAAACUUUGUAUGAUGGCAGCGCAGCACACAGAAGGAAUUCUGAAAAGUCUGGAGCGAGUGUUCUUCGACGAGCAGGAGUUAGCUUCUGGACAAAAUGUGGUAAUUUAUUUCCCACCAUCGGCUCCGGACAUUUUCCCCAAGGGCUUCCCAUAAGAGACACUGGUGAAUCAUACGCCAGGAAGAAGAUGAGAGACAUCUGCGGCUCUCCCCUAGUUACCCCCAGGAAAGUAGAUUGAGUGUUUCUCGCGUCAGCGCAACAGAACAGCAGAGGGCGAAUGCCUCCUGAUGUAUCACGUGAGCUGGUGACUUCGCAUGAGGUGCGACGAAGUCGCGCAACUUCUUGCGCAUGUUUAGGCGAUGCAGAUUCAAACUGACAUCAGUCGAGCUUCAGCCCUUGUGAAGCUUUGCCUCUCAGUCAAUGCCUCCAGCUCAAAAGCAUGAGACAAAGAGUAAAAAUCCGAACAAAAGGCCAGCGGCUGGCAGCAAAGCCUGCUUUUGCACAAGGCACAGCAUGAUGGAUCGAGCAGGGUUCCUCUGGUGUUCGAUUCUUCUCGUCGGAGUCGCAAAUCUUCAUUCAGCAGCAGGCGAAGGCUUCAUCACCUCUCCGUUCCAAGCAGAUGUGUGGGCAUCGAACGUCACCACGGCCAGGGGCCUAGAAAUCGACGAAGCAGGCGAUGUACUGGUGGUAUCGAGAGGCGCAGGAAUCGUGGCUCUGUGGGAAGACGCCGACGGCAGAGUCGACCGAACGCUCAUCGUCAACAAUGAGAAUUUGACUCACGGAAUCACAAUCCACGGCCGUUACUUGUACGCGUCGUCGGGCGAUGUCGUGUGGCGCUGGAGCUACACCGCAGGCCGGCGCCGCGUGGAGUCGGCGCCGCAGGUGGUCGUCCGCAACAUUCAAAACGACGAAGACGGGAACUCGGUGCGCGGCAACCACUUCACCCGAACGUUGGCAGCCGCGGACGGGAUCCUGUACGUGAGCGUCGGGUCCAUCGGGAACGUGGAUUCGAACUCGUACCGCGCGCGUCUGCGGUCGUUCGACCUCGAGCGCAUCCCCGCGGGCGGACACGACUUCGCCGACGGGGCCGUGUUCGCCGACGGCCUGCGGAACGAGGUCGGCCUCGCCUUCGAUGCCCGAGGCCGGCUAUGGGGGGUGGAGAAUGGGGCGGACGAAUUGGUGCGCGACGAUCUGGGCGGGGACAUUCACAAUGACAAUCCGGGCGAGGAGAUGAAUCUCUUCGAUGGGCCUCCGGGAUCGCACUACGGCUACCCCUACUGCUGGACGGAGUACAAUCUGCCCAACGGGACGGGGCAGGGCCGGGGUUCGCAGUGGGCAUGGCCAACUCUCAUCAACAGCACCAUCACCGAUUCCUGGUGCCGCAACGCGAGCAACAACAGGCCGCCCGAAACCGUGAUGCAGGCGCACUCGGCGCCCUUGGGCGUCACGUUCUUCAGCGGUGCCAAUUGCGGAGGUCGACUCCCGGCUUCCGACGCCAGAAAUAACGAGACUCUGUACGCCUUCGGUUGUGAAUACGCGGGCGAUGCAUUCGUCGCUCUGCACGGUUCUUGGAACCGGGAUGUUGCUGUCGGAUAUAAAGUGGUCCGGAUCAAAAUCGAUCCCUCCUCGGGAUUGCCCGUAGCCGGCAGUGCAGCCGUGCAGGACAUCUUUGGCCAGGUUAGUCCAGAGUCAACUUGUGGCACUCCCGCAGGCGUGGUCUGCAUUCGCCCAGUGGAUCUCAAGUUCACCAGAGGAGGAGCUCUGUUGGUCACUGCCGAUGCUAGUGGAGAGAUUUACAGAAUCGUUCAGAGUAGUAAUAGUAGUAGUAGUAUCACGGUGGAUACACCUAGUCCUAGUCCAUCCCCGAUGGGAUCAUCCGCAACGAGAGUAGCACUGCUGAGUACAUGCAGCGUCCUCUUGGCCACUGUCCUGUCUUCAUUGCUUUUGGCGUAGAAUAUUGUAGUGAGAUUGAAAUAGCAGAGCUGGACUGUGAAUCUGAUUCUGCCGCAUUCACCUCCAUCAAAGCGCACCGUGUUCGGAUUUCCAGACGUUGCUGUCACAGACUUGUACAGAUUAUCAUGGAGUGCAUUCGAACCUCGAGAAAAGGAGUGGCCUUGGGAAUUCGCCGUGGAUUGCAUUCUCCCAUGUCUAUGCUCACAGUGUAUGAUCGAAUCAACAGAAUGUACCUUCCUUUUGUCUACUCGUAAGAUUGUUUUCCUCUCCUUUUCCCAUAUUUCGUCCUAUACACGCAGCGUCCAGUUCUCUACAUCUGUAAUCCAGCGCAGAAAAUUUUCUCCCAGCUCAGGCACCUUUUCCAGUCGAAUUACCUUUGUUGGAGCCAGGUUCUGUCUAUGUUCCUUCGGAUCCACAGAAAGAGCAAUGAUGUGACUACGAUUACGCCUGGUAGAGUAGGUCAUGUACAGUAGCUACUCCACUCUUCAAGCUUUGCAAAACCAUACGACGUCUCCUUCGUAAGCAGUGGCAUCUUAUCAUCCACAUAGUCACCAUUCUUCCAUUGAGCGAUUGAGAUACUUCUUUCCAGUGUGUCGUCCAUGAGAGAGCGAACAAUGGUGUGGCGGUAAUAAAUCUGGAUACAGUUAAUAGUCGGUUGAGUGGUAACUCACAUGCUCAGCUUGACUCUCUCUACUGGUAAUCUUUUAGAUCAUAACAAAUUUUUAUCCGAGC